CAGAGAGAGAGAGAGAGAGAGAGAGAGGUUAGGGAGGGAGUGGAUAUAUAUACGCCGAGGAGAAGUUCUCGCCAUGAUCUCAAACAUGAUCUCAUGCUGUACGGCGACUUCAUUCCCUGCCUGCCCCCCCUGCCAUCAGAGGAAAACUGCCUUCAUCUGACUGGGAGUUUCCUCUCGGGCUGAUUUUUGACAGCCUCUGGGAAUCAAGGUGCUUAUUAGCAACAACUUUGAACCUGCGUGGAUUACAUACCUUCGCGCAGGAAAUGCUGUUGUGUUUUUCUGUCGACGGUGCAGAAAUCUGGAUGCUGCAGUGAGGAUAUAAAGGGAAUGCAACAGAGGCGAGCUGGACAGGUACUCUCUGACGGAGGCCAAACUCUGAGGUGGAGGAGGUUGUAAAGAGGCCCUGAAGGAGCCUCCCCCCCCUCCCUACCUGACCAGACGGACGCAUCGGACAGCCAUGGCUCCUCGGAAACGUGUCGGCGGCGGCCGCGGUGGCCUCUCCUUCAUCUUCUGCUGUUUUAACAGCAGCGAUCACCCGGAGAUCACCUACAGGCUGAGGGAGGACUUCGCCCUGCAGGCCAUGGAGCCCUCACUGCCGAUGCCCGGAUACGACGAGCUGGACGGCAUGUUCUCCGAGUUGGUGGACGAGCUCGACCUUUCAGAGAAACACAGGGAAGCCAUGUUCGCUCUGCCUGCAGAGAAGAAAUGGCAAAUCUACUGCAGCAAAAAGAAGGAACAAGAAGAAAACAAAAGUGCAACUAGUUGGCCCGAAUACUACAUUGAUCAGCUUAACUCAAUGGCAGCUAGAACGACUCUCCUCGCUCUGGAGAAAGAAGACGAGGAGGAGAGGAACAAAACCAUCGAGAGCUUGAAGACGGCUCUGAGGACACAACCUAUGAGGUUCGUGACGCGCUUCAUUGACCUGGACGGUCUGACAUGUAUCCUAAACUUCCUGAAGAGCAUGGACUACGAGACCACCGAAUCGCAGAUCCACACGUCUCUGAUUGGCUGCAUCAAAGCGCUGAUGAACAACUCGCAGGGCCGCGCCCACGUCCUCUCUCACACCGAGAGCAUCAACAUCAUCGCUCAGAGCCUGGCCACGGAGAACAUCAAGACCAAGGUGGCCGUGUUGGAGAUAAUGGGCGCCGUGUGCCUGGUGCCCGGCGGACACAAGAAGAUCCUGGAGGCCAUGCUGCAUUACCAACGCUUCACCUGCGAGAGGACGCGGUUUCAGACUCUUAUAAACGAUCUGGACCGGAGUACGGGGCGAUACAGAGAUGAGGUCAACCUGAAAACAGCCAUCAUGUCCUUUAUCAACGCUGUGCUGAGUCAAGGCGCUGGAGAGACAAGUUUGGAAUUCCGUAUCCACCUACGAUAUGAGUUUCUCAUGUUGGGGAUCCAACCUGUGAUCGAUAAGCUGCGCUCUCAUGAAAACUCCACGCUAGACAGGCAUUUAGACUACUUUGAGAUGCUGCGGAACGAGGAUGAGCUGGCUCUGUCCAAACGUUAUGAGUCGGUACAUAUAGAUACCAAAAGUGCCACCCAAGUUUUUGAUCUCAUCCGCAAGAAGAUGAACCACACAGACGCACACCCGCACUUUAUGUCUGUCCUGCACCACUGUCUCCUCAUGCCACACAAGAGAAGCGGUAACACGGUGCAGUACUGGCUGCUGUUGGACCGCAUCGUCCAGCAGAUGGUCCUGCAGAACGACAAAGGUCACGACCCCGACGUCGCACCACUGGAGAACUUCAACGUGAAGAACGUAGUCCGGAUGCUGGUUAAUGAGAAUGAGGUCAAACAGUGGAAAGAGCAGGCAGAGAAAAUGAGAAAAGAGCACCACGAGCUGCAGCAGAAGUUUGAUAAGAAGGAGCGAGAAUGUGAUGCAAAGACUCAGGAGAAGGAGGACAUGAUGCAGACGCUGAACAAGAUGAAAGAGAAGCUGGAGAAGGAGAGCACGGAGCACAAGAACGUCAAACAGCACGUGUCCGAACUCACCGCCCGCCUGCACGACCUCAGCCUCAGACAGGCAGCGGUGGUUCCUGGAGGUCCUCCGCUCCCCCCCGCGCCGCGCCCCGGUGGUCCCAUGCCUCCCACCAGCCCCCCUAACCAGCUUUUUUCUGCGGGGCCCUGUGCGGCCGCACCUCCCCCCUCGGGGCAUGAUGGCCUCCUCCCCUCCCCACCCUCUCCGGGUGGACGCCCCCGCCUCCUACCUGGACGCCAUGCAUGGGGCAUCCCACCCCCCGCCUGGGAGGCCCUGGGACCUCCCCUGAAGCACGAAGAACAUCCCCCCAGCGCAGCCAACCUGGCGCCUCAAGUCCUUCAAUGGUCCAAGUUAAAGCUUGAGAAUAAGCCUGGAGGCGCAGGCUGGUGGGAUGGAUUGUGUACGACGCCAAGGUCUUUAAAAUCCCUGAUCCUGGACCCGACAUUGAGAAGACCGUUCUCCGCCUAUCAGAGGCAGCAGACAGAACAGUACACAGGCAUGUUUGAAAUAUUAACUGGUGUUUUCCUGCGUCAUCAGCUGCUGAAGUUUGUCCCAGAAAAAAGCGACGUGGAUCUCCUGGAGGAGCACAAACAUGAGCUGGACCGAAUGGCAAAACCCGACCGCUUCUUCUACGAGAUGAGCAGAAUAAACCACUACCAGCAGCGGCUGCAGUCUCUGUACUUCAAAAAGAAGUUUGCAGAGAGGAUAGCUGAGAUCAAACCCAAAGUUGAAGCUCUGAGCAGGGCGUCUAAGGAGAUUCUGCACAGCAAGAACCUGAAGCAGCUGCUGGAGGUGGUGCUGGCCUUUGGGAACUACAUGAACAAAGGGCAGAGGGGCAACGCUUACGGCUUCAAGGUGUCUUCACUCAACAAGAUCGCUGACACCAAAUCCAGUAUCGACAAGAACAUCACUCUCCUGCACUACCUGAUCACCAUCCUGGAGAAGAAAUACCCCAAAGUCCUGAUGUUCCAGGAGGACCUGAAGAGUCUCUCAGAGGCAGCCAAAGUCAACAUGACUGAGAUGGAAAAAGAUAUCGGCAACCUGCGCAGCGGCUUGAAAAAUGUGGAGAGUGAGCUGGAAUUCCAGAAGAAUCGACCACAGCAGCACGGCGACAAGUUUGUGUCGGUGGUGAGUCAGUUCAUCACCGUGGCCAGCUUCAGCUUCUCCGACGUGGAGGACUCUCUCAUCGAGGCCAAGGAACUGUUCCUGAGGGCAGUAAAGCACUUCGGGGAGGACGCCAGCAAGAUGCAGCCAGAUGAGUUCUUCGGCAUCUUUGACCAGUUCCUGCAGUCGUUCGCUGAGGCGCAGCAGGAGAACGAGAACAUGCGGAAACGCAAAGAGGAGGAGGAGCGCAGAGCCAAAAUGGAAGCUCAGCUGAAAGAGCAGAGGGAGAAGGAGCGAAAGGCCCGGAAAGCGAAGGCCAACGGGGAGGACGACGGCGGCGAGUUUGACGACUUGGUGUCGGCGCUGCGAUCGGGCGAGGUCUUCGACAAGGACCUCUCCAAGAUGAAGCGUAACCGCAAGCGCAUCAACAGCCAGAACACGGACGCGAGCCGGGAGCGACCGGUCACAAAGCUCAACUUCUGAGCGGGGCGUUUGUUUCGCUCGCCCAUCAUUAGUUUCCCUCUGGGUCAAACUGACAUGCACAUUCCUCCGCACCCUCCUCCCAGCCAGCCUUGCAUCACCGCUGCAGAGCCACACAAGGCACAACACAUUCAGACCUUUCAUCCUCCGAGGAGUUUGAUGUUAAACGGAGCAGAAGCCAAAAGUUGUUAAAAAAAAAACGACCAAAUCAGAUAAUUCCCCCCCUGGAGGAUCGGUGUGGUCACAUGAAAUGUUUUUAGACGAUUGUCUUGCAUGAGCAGGCUGAUGGAGAAAGUUUCCCUCCGAGGUGUAAAAGAUGCUCAUGCUUGUUUGUUAGGAACCUAUCUGUGCUGUUUUUGUACGUCAGAAUCUAUGCACAGAGUGAAGUGUGCAGCUAGCUUCUCCUUCAGGAAGAUGAUUCCAUUAAAGACACAAGGGGCCAUUUUAUACGGAGCGGUUUCAUAGAUUGAGAGGACCUGCGCUCACGCCGGGAGUCGUCCAAGAGCGUUUUCUGGAGAAAGACUGAGUCUGAACAUGCUGCCCUCCUGCAGUCAGGACCAUCACUGGACAGAGCGCUGCGUUGUGACACAGACGUGGUUCUGACUGCGAGUGAUGCAGCUCAGAAGUUUGUUUUCUACUCAUCAUUAUUGACCUGCAGCAUUUAUAUAUCCCAUCACUGUAUGUUUUAUUUUUCCUGUUAAGAGCUGGCCUUAACUGUUGUUUUAAUUGUUGAGUGGGUACUCUCUAAGGCCUGGGCCUAAUCUGCAAUUUCUCAACAUGUGUGGGCACUCGUGUCAUAGAUUACAUAUAUCUAUAUAUAAGGUUGCGUGCUUGUUACACAUGCACAUAUACAUUCAUAAUUACUAUGCUCAAUGCCAUUUAAAAAUAACAAGUGGAUGCAAUACUAUUGUCUUUCCCCUCUGAAGGGAGUGCCCUCCUUUAUGUUUUAUUGAAUAGAUGAUAUGUUUUCUGUACACUGGCUGGAUUUACACUGCAAAAAAAAAAAGGUGCGAAGGGACAUUUUGACUUUAAUCUCUGUGUGAUGCACAGCACAUGUGAUGUUUUCAUUCUUGUAGAAAACAUCACAUGUGGACGUAAAACCAGAGUUCCCGUUAGCCGGUAAUUACCGUACUAUGACCGGUAAAAUAUGCUGAAGACCCGCAAAUCUAAAUCUCU